AUGUUUACACUCAGCUGCAUUCCUCCGGAGGAUCCCCCUGGAGGGACACCCUUACCCAUACUAUGGCAAUGUCACAGAUGCGAGCAGGAAUACAGGGUCUCCGUCACAAGCCGCUGUAUUAAUUGUCCUUCAUACAACAGUAACCCCCCUUACAAGCACCUCUCAGGCGAAAGCUCAGACGGCGGACCUUCGAGGCAGUAUCAAAAGUCUCCCCUCUCAGGCAAUGGCAAUAGCAGACCUACUAGAGAGACUGAAAAGUCUCCCAGAAGCCGUAAAUACUCAAAACGUCCUUCCCUGGAGCUGUAUAACUACGACUACGAGUUCUGGGUUCAUUACAAUGACUGGAAGCGCUCUCGCACAGAACAUGAAGCUAGACCUGAGACAUGGGAGAGCCGCAUCAAGCGCAGCUUCGAUGGCCUGGAUAGCGUACAGGGUCGAGCAAAGAGAUAUAAAUUCGAAGUCGAAUCGCGCACUUAUCUCACAGAGGAAAGAUUGGAGCGCAUGCUUGAAAGGAGGCAGAACUGCGAAAUAGACUGCAACUAUCCCAGUCAGUGCCACACAGAGCGCUAUGAAGCAUUGAUGAAGAGUUCUGAGAAGGCCACAGGAGGCACAUUCCACCCCACGAACUAUGAUGAGGAUGAUGAAAUGCCAGGUAAGUUGCCCCUUUGUGAGCUUAUGCCACAAUUCGAUCAAGAGAUAACAAGUCCUGAAGAUGUUGAUGAUGAGGAUGAGAUAUUCGCGGCGUACAAGAGGGACGUUGAUGCUUGGUAUGCUUCAACUCUGGCGAAGACGAGCUAA